CUCUUUCUCCUAUCGCCUCUACGGCCACUCCCCGUCGACACCGCCACUUCAUUGUUUCUAGGGUUUAUGCUUCUCUCUCUUCCUCCCACCGACAUGAACCCCCUGUAAUCCCCAUUAACAUAAACCCUAGCCCUAACUCCCCCUCCUCCUCCUCCUCCUCCUCCUCCUCGCUCUCCUUCCGUAUCAGCAACCCCUCCUCCUUGGUACUCCACCACCUCCAACCAUGCCGAAGGUCUACGGCACCGGAAUCUACGACUUUCGCCGCCACCGCGUCGCCGAGUACCCCGUCGAGCUCGUCGGCGGCGCCAGGGAGGAGCCGCCGCCGGCGGAGAAGCAGCCGGAUCAGCGCCCCGGCGGCGCCGUCUCCGGCUCCAUCACCCUCGUCGAGAUACAGCGCGACCGCCUCACGAAGAUCGCCGCCGCCAACUGGGGCAAGUCCUCCGGGGGCCGGAACUUCGACCCCGAGCUCGUGAGGGAGAUCUACGAGACCGAGCUUAGGGUUUCGGGCACCGGGCGUAAGACGGUCCCUCUCCAUAGGGUCAUGAUCCUAGAAGUGAGCCAGUACUUGGAGAACUAUCUCUGGCCUAAUUUCGAUCCCGAGACCGCCACCUUCGAGCACGUCAUGUCGAUGAUUCUCAUGGUUAAUGAGAAGUUUCGGGAGAAUGUAGCUGCGUGGAUUUGCUUCUACGACCGGAAGGAGGCAUUCAAAGGGUUCUUAUUGCGGGUCCUUCGGCUCAGAGAAGAGGAAAGAACUUUAAGCAUGGCAGAGAAGACGAAUUACCUACUUUUCUUGAUAAAUGCCUUCCAGAGUCUGGAGGAUGAGAUUGUUAGUGAAACUGUUCUCCAGUUAGUAAGCCUCCGGUUGUGGCACAGUCUCUCGUUUGGUCGAUUUCAGAUGGAGUUAUGCCAAAAUCCACAUUUAAUUAAGAAAUGGAAAAAGAUGACCAAGAAAGAAGCAAAAGCCAAGAAAGGCGGUCAAGUAGUUGACCCUUCAAAGGUCCUUGAAGUAAAGUUCCUAAGGGAUCUAAUUGACGAGUUUUUAGAGAUUCUUGAUUCCAGUGUCAUCCUAUUGAAGCUUGAUGAUAAUGAAGGAAACCAACCCGGUGAUUCAUCUUCUGAGCAAGUUGACGAUUCUUGUGUUCUAUAUUGCGAGAGAUUUACUGAAUUCUUGAUUGAUUUGUUGAGCCAACUGCCAACUAGGAGAUUCUUAAAGCCUGUAAUUGCUGACGCUGCUGUUGUUGCUAAAUGUCACUUAAGUGCACUUUACACGCAUGAAAAGGGACGCCUUUUUGCUCAGCUGGUGGACCUUCUACAAUUUUAUGAAGGUUUUGAGAUUGAUGAUCAUUUUGGAACACAACUUAAUGAUGAUGAUAUUUUGCUUGCUCAUUACUCUCGUCUUCAAGCUUUUCAACUAUUGGCAUUUAAACAAGUACCUAAGUUGCGAGAUUUUGCUUUGUGCAAUAUUGGUUCAAUCCACAAGCGUGCUGAUUUAUCCAAGAAGUUAUCAGUUUUAUCAGACGAUGAACUGCGGGAGUUGGUGUGCAAUAAGCUUAAACUAGUUUCAGAUGACGAUCCAGGCAGUACAAGGCGUGAUUUCCUCAUUGAGGUGGUAGUCUCCUUCUUUGAGAAGCGCCAGUCCCAAAAAGAAGCCAUAAAUGCGCUCCCUCUUUACCCAAACGAACAGAUAAUGUGGGAUGAGAGCGUCGUCCCAAGUAUCAACUACUCCGGCGAGGGCUGCCUCGCGCUCCCUAAACUCAACCUCCAGUUCCUAACCCUCCAUGAUUAUUUACUUCGAAACUUCAAUCUCUUCCGCCUUGAAUCCACAUACGAAAUCCGUGAGGAUAUCCAAGAAGCCGUUCCUCACCUCCUUGCAUACAUCAAUAAUGAGGGAGAAACUGCUUUUCGUGGUUGGUCAAGAAUGGCUGUGCCAAUCAAGCAGUUCAAGAUCGCCGAAGUGAAGCAGCCGAACGUUGGAGAAGUCAAGCCGUCAUCGGUAACAGCUGAAGUCACUUUCAGCAUAACGAGUUACAGAGCGCAGGUAAGAUCAGAAUGGGAUGCUCUGAAAGAACACGAUGUCUUGUUUUUAUUGUCGAUUCGCCCAUCUUUUGAGCCAUUAAGCCCAGAAGAAGCCGCUAAAUCAACUGUGCCUGAAAGACUCGGACUUCAGUAUGUACGCGGAUGCGAAGUAAUUGAGAUCCGCGAUGAAGAAGGAGUACUUAUGAAUGAUUUUACUGGAAGAAUUAAAAGAGAUGAAUGGAAGCCCCCUAAAGGUGACAUCCGUACUGUUACUGUUGCCCUAGAUACAGCACAGUACCACAUUGAUGAUACUGAGAAAGCUGAAAAAGGAGGUGAAGAUGUAUAUAGAACAUUCAACAUUUUAAUGAGGAGGAAACCCAAGGAGAAUAAUUUUAAAGCUAUUUUAGAAUCUAUACGUGACCUUAUGAAUGAAACAUGCAUAGUUCCUGAGUGGUUGCACAACAUAUUUUUGGGUUACGGAAAUCCAUCUGCUGCACAGUGGACUAACAUGCCGGACCUUUUGGACAUGAUAGACUUCAAGGACACUUUUCUUGAUGCUGAUCAUCUAAGAGAAAGCUUUCCGAAUUAUGAGGUUUCCUUUGUCAAUCCAGAUGGUACCGAGAGCCUGCACCCUAAACCUCCUUUCCGGAUUAGGCUUCCCAAAUCAAUGAAAGGAAAUUCUCUUGCUCUUCCAGGCAGUAUUAAGUCAAGUGACAUAAAUAUUAUGGAUGAGAAAAAGGCUGAUCAAAGCUCCCAAGAGGAAAAGCUGAUAGUUGAGGCAUAUCUUCCUGCUGAUCCAGGCCCGUAUCCUCAAGAUAAACCGAAGCAAAACACAGUCAGAUUUACUCCUACUCAGAUUGGAGCUAUUAUUUCGGGAAUUCAGCCUGGGUUAACUAUGGUUGUUGGACCACCUGGUACAGGGAAGACUGAUACAGCAGUGCAGAUUUUGAAUGUUCUCUAUCAUAAUUGCCCUUCCCAGAGAACACUAAUCAUCACGCAUUCGAACCAGGCUUUAAAUGAUCUUUUUGAGAAAAUAAUGCAGAGAGACGUACCUGCCAGAUACCUCCUCCGCCUCGGUCAAGGAGAACAGGAGCUUGCAACUGAUCUUGAUUUCAGCCGACAGGGCCGCGUGAAUGCCAUGCUUGUCCGACGAUUAGAACUCCUUAGUGAAGUUGAAAGACUUGCCAGAUCACUUCACUUACCCGAAGAUGUAGGCUACACUUGUGAAACUGCUGGAUACUUUUGGCUGCUUCAUGUCUACUCCCGUUGGGAACAAUUUCUUGUUGCCUGUGCCCAAAAUCAAGAUAAACCAACUUUCGUUAAAGACCGAUUCCCAUUUUCGGAAUUUUUCGCAAACACUCCCCAACCAGUUUUCACUGGUGAAUCAUUCAAGAAAGACAUGCAUGCGGCACAAGGGUGUUUCCGACACCUGUCUACUAUGUUUCAAGAGCUUGAAGAGUGCAGGGCUUUUGAGUUGCUUAAAUCAACAGCUGAUCGGGCCAAUUAUUUAAUGACUAAACAAGCCAAGAUUGUUGCGAUGACCUGCACUCAUGCUGCUCUAAAAAGGAGGGACUUUCUUCAGUUGGGCUUUAAGUAUGACAAUUUGCUUAUGGAGGAAAGCGCACAAAUAUUAGAAAUCGAGACUUUUAUACCCAUGUUGUUACAGAGGCAGGAGGAUGGUUACGCUCGGCUAAAACGAUGUAUAUUAAUUGGGGAUCAUCAUCAGUUGCCCCCUGUUGUGAAAAACAUGGCUUUUCAGAAGUAUAGUCAUAUGGAUCAAAGCUUGUUCACUAGGUUCGUUCGUCUCGGUGUGCCUUAUAUUGAACUGAAUGCACAGGGUCGAGCUCGACCAAGUAUAGCCAAGCUUUAUAACUGGCGAUACAGGGAGUUGGGGGAUCUUCCUUAUGUUCUUCAAGAGCCUAUUUUCCACAAGGCUAAUGCUGGGUUCUCUUAUGAGUAUCAGCUGAUAGAUGUUCCUGAUUAUCUUGGAAAGGGUGAGACUGCUCCUUCUCCCUGGUUCUAUCAGAAUGUAGGAGAGGCCGAAUACGUUGUGAGUGUUUACAUGUACAUGCGCUCAAUUGGGUAUCCCGCCAGCAGGAUCUCUAUUUUGACAACAUACAAUGGCCAAAAGCUGCUUAUCCGUGAUGUUGUGAAUAGGCGGUGCAAAGCAUAUGGGAUCGAACCACCUAGCAAGGUGGCAACAGUCGAUAAGUUCCAAGGCCAACAAAAUGAUUUCAUCCUUCUGUCUCUUGUCCGAACCCGAUUUGUGGGCCAUCUCCGUGAUGUCAGGAGACUUGUCGUUGCAAUGUCUCGUGCACGUUUGGGCCUUUACAUAUUCUGCCGGCGUUCACUGUACGAGCAAUGCUAUGAGCUGCAGCCGACGUUUCAGCUUCUGCUUCAGAGACCGGAUCAACUGUGUCUGAAUCUAGACGAAACCACUCCAUUCACAGAACGCCUGGUUGGAGACACAGGGAAUGUUCAUGUGAUAACUGGGGUCCAGGAUAUGGAGCAGUUAGUUAAUUUCAGGAUGCAUCAGCUUUACCAGAUGCAAGUCAUGAACCAACACGCCUCUUUCGAGAGAUCUUCAAAUGCAAAUGGAUCUCAAAUUUUGCCCUCUACUGACCGUGUAGAGGAUACCGAUAUGCCUCUUGCAAAUGGUGAAUCUGAUAACGGGCCACCCGAAAUUAGUCGAAAUGAUGCAGAGAUGAUGGAACAAUAAUGAUGAAGACAAUGGUUCCGCAAAUUCUUUGAUAUAACAUGAAAGGAGGCUGUGAACUCUUCUCGAGUGCCCUGUGUACAAGGAGUCCACUACCUAAGGACGUAAAUAGCCAAUUACUAAGGACAUAAAGAGCCAAUUACUAAUGCAUUGAAAAAUAUCACACUAUGGGUACUUUAGUAGAGGUGAUUGUCCCUCCAAAUGUGUAAGGGGAUGUUACAAUUCUGGCAUAUAGUGAUUGAAGAAGAGCAUCGGCCUCUUGUAUUAUUUUAGCACCUGGAGGUUUACAACGGGAACGAUUAAGAGUAAAAUAUGCAGUCUUUCUGACGAGCUUGCAUUGUAAGUUCACCUCCAUAGAAGCUGCUUCAGUUUAUGGCUUCUCAUUCAGCUUCCCACUUGUUUUAUCACUAUCACUGGAGCGAAAUUGGUGAAGGGUGCAUUUUACAGCCAAAAGGUGGAAACCUUUAUUGUUUUCAUGGUGAAAUUUAACGUCGGAUUAGCAAAUGUGACUUGGUGGUUUUUUGUAGUACUUGUAAUAUAUGUAUCCUGCUUAUGGAGAGGAAUAUUUAGAGCAAAUAGCUUCUUUUGCAUAUAAUAAAACAUCUACUCUGAAAUGAAGCCAUUAUGUGCUGGAUGUUGUUCGACUGUAGGAUGUGUGCCGUCUUUUCUCUGAAGAAGCUUUAUUGCUGUUUCUCAGUCUCGAUGUGAAAUGCUAAGAGCCUGUGCUUCUGAUUCUACUGUAGUAACAAUACGAUACGAGUAUUUUUAAUAUAAUGCUUUUGUAAUAAGUUGUUUAA